GACGUCAGUCUGCAUUAUGACGCUCUUUGUGGGAAUACCGUACGCGCGCGAGGAACACCAACUCACAAAGCAUUACUAACUACAGAUUAAUUCGAUAAUGUUUUGUAAAUACAACGUUAUUUAUUUUAUCUCGCUCUACGAAUAACUCUCUUUACUUUAGGGCAACAACGCUAGCAUAUUAGCCGUUCGAUUCUACAGCUUUUGUGUCUACAUUGUUAUGUGCUAUUUGCAUUUAUCGACUAUUAUGCUUUUAAGCAUGAGUUAUGAUGGAUAAUGAAUUUGUAUAAAUCACAUGGAGGUGAACAGAAAGAGUAUAGGCAUUCAGAAGUGCUAGUUAGCUAGCUAGCUGAGUAGACUGAAGUGCUAUGCAUCAACUUGCUCCUGGUCCUCAUCACAGUCACACUGGAACCGUCAGCUUUUGGAUUGCUGACAUUUAGUUCGAGACAUUUAGUUAUUCAAUUAGCCUAAAGCCCUGGCACUUGCAUUACAUGGGAAAUCUACAAUGUCGAGGAUUCUUCUGGGCCUGGUAAUGCUUGGAUGCACUGUUGCUGUUGAAGAUGUUCAUGCCUUUGACGACCCGAUCACCAGGCUUGUGAAUGAAAAACCGGGUGAGCGGUGCUCGGGUAGAGUGGAGGUGCGUUAUGGGCAUCAGUGGGGCACUGUGUGCCAGCAUGGUUGGGAUCUGGAGGAUGCCGCAGUGGUUUGUAGAGAGCUCGACUGCGGCUUUGUGUUGGACAUUCCAGGUGGCGCUCGUUUCGGACGGGCCGGUGGAGAGGUGCUGUGGAGGAAUGUGAAAUGCUCGGGUGACGAGUUUGCCCUGGAUCUGUGUGAACGCUCCCUCAAUGAUGACGUGUGUAUGCACAGUGAGGAUGCUGGAGUGGAGUGCACAGGAAAACUUCUAGCACCAACCUUGUCAAUUCAGUCUCGCUUCUACACCUAUUCAGCCGGAGAGGCCGUUCACUUUAAAUGCACUGCCCCAUACUGGCAGUCCGUCAUUGACUUCCAUCUGUACAAAAGAGGUGUGGACACUCCGCUAGUGACCCAGAGAGCCGAUUCCAGACAAAUGACGGUGGAUCUGACUCUGUCAGACUUGGAAAUCUCGCACCAGGGCAGCUACAGCUGUCUCUACAGGAUACACAGCAAACUGGGAAACUCUCCCUCAGGAUAUUCUCCACACAGCAACUUCAUUAACAUCACAGUCUUGGAGAUUCACACUCCCCAAAUCUGGUACAACACAUCUCCUGAGGCCCGGCCGGGUUGGGUCACCCGGAGCCACAGUUUUAACGUCACCUGCUCCACUCAGCCUCAGUAUCCAGGAGGAUCCUUUCAGCUGCGGCUCAUCAGGCCCAACGGGACCAUCCGGCACUCUCUGCCAGCCCUCGCUCCCUCCGUCACUUUUACCUUCUCCAAUGCCCAGUCCAAUAGUGAGGGCUACUACUGCUGUCUUUACAAGGUCCAGACUGGAGAACGCACAUUUAUCUCGAGGGAGAGUCAGCCUUUACCCAUCUCUAUUCGAGAAGUGGAUCCGGUGAUAAGCCCAGUGGUCAUCAGUUUACUGGUAUCCAGUUUGACAUUUGUGGUGGCGACAUGUGCCAUUCUGAUUGUUGCCAAAGUUUACUGCAAGAGAGGGAGCAAACCCACUGAACUGGAGCGAGAGAGCAGGACCUGUGUUGACAACACAUACAUUGCCUUGACAAUCAAGUAAUGGGAGUUCAAAAAUAAGCAACUAGAAACUAGUCACUUGGUCCACCUGAGGUUGGUGUUUCAGUGGCCUGUCCAAACCAAAGGGAACGUCUAAGUUUGAAGAACCACCUUUUCUUACUAUCUGCUGUUCUCUGUCAGUUACAGAGAAACACAUUUGAAUUGUCAUUGGUUGGGGGGUUUUCUUUCAAUGUUACUGGAGAUUGGAGAAUUUGUUUCUGUGCAGGUAAAUGCUGAAAUCACUAGACUUGAAGAGGUAACAUUACAACACAAGCUGUUGCACUAACAAGGUUAAAAAGGGCUUUUUAGUUUUUAGAGGUACCAUGUCUGACCCGUUCUGAGGUCUUCCCAUAUCGUUGCAGGUAUAGACUGUAAAACUGUGAAAUGUUUUGGGUUUUCUUCUUUUGUUUCUUUGUAUUCUCUAAGGGGCUUUAUAUAAUUUAAAAUGAUAUAUUUAUUUUUAUUUUUUUUCUACUACAGUUGUUUUUAAAGAUCUUAUGUGUAUAAUGUUUGGUUAGUUGUAGGUGGGAACAGGGACAGACAGCCUACGAACAACCUCUAUCAGUCACUACAUGAAUAUAAAAGUAUUAUUUCAUUGUGUAUUUUACCUGGUUUGUUCGUAUGUUCUGUUUGAAAUGAAAGUGGGCUCUCUGAACUCAUUAUACAGUAGAUCUAAUGUGAUGCUUAAGCAGAAAAAGAACAAAUCCUCCAACACAUUUCUAAAACAGCACAGGAAAUAAUCCCCGUAUUUACAAAUAGGAACAGUAACAGUAAUAGUAAUAAAAGUUUUAGUGUGGAUUAUAGGCAUACACUAAACAUUUUAAGCAGCACUACUAUUGUCUUGUUAAGCCAAGAAAACAGUUGUGAACAC